AUGAAGAGUUUUCCAAGACAUCAGUAUGGAUUUUUUAAGGACGUUCUAAUUAUGACGCAUCAAUCAGGUGUUUAUAUAUAAGUGAUGAUAGAAAAGGCCAUAUAUUUAUUAAUAAUGAAUAAUUCUGAGGGUGUUCAUUAAGAAGAUCUUUCUCUCAAGGCCAAUUCUGAAAUCUUGCAGUCUCCUGAAAAAAAGGAGCUUAGAACACGGAAUAAUGUAAUUCCUGGAAUGUUUCAAGAAUAUAAAAGAACCUACAUCAAAGUCCCCAAAGAAUCUAAGGAACAAUUACACCAACUUGUGUUCGAGGAAGGAUUUAAAAUUAAAGAAGUAUAAUACUGGAUUAAGUUUAAUAUAGGCAGCUAAGAAACUUUUGAUAAAAUAUGCCACAGCAAAAACAAUAGUAUUUCAUCUGAGAAAAAAGUUUGAAAAAGAAAAGGAGGCACAACCUAAAUUUUGCAGGUGUGUAAAAUUAGAAGGGAAGAUCUCCGUAAAAUUAAGAAUCAUUUCAAUCAUACAAAAAAAUCUUAUUUCUUCUGUUGAAUAUAAAGUUCAACAUCAAUCAAAUGGUUAAUGCUAUGAACAAAUACGGGACUGA